AUGGAAGACGACAGCGAGUCUAUCAAGACAUCUUCUGAGAAAUAUAUGACAAACAAAUGGGAAGAAAUCAAGCCAUCAUACGGUAUUGAUCCAUAUGAAAGAUCUAAUCAUACAUGCGUCGCAAUCAAAGAUAAUUCUUCAGGUCGCACAACACUUUAUGUUUAUGGCGGCCAUGAUUCAAAUAACAACUCACUUAAUGAUCUUCUUACUUUUAAUGAAAUGCUUGGUUGGUCAUAUGCUUCAGCAAAUAAAAUUACAACAACAAUUAAUCGCAAAGUUAUUAUCGAACAAGGUUUUAAUUAUCAUCCACCAUCUCCUCUGGAACUUACUCCUAUUCCUCUUGCACGAUCUUUCCAUACUGCUGUCGUUUAUGAUUCUUUUAUGAUUGUUGCAGGCGGAAAUGCAACAGAGCUUGACGGAAGAAUAUAUUUCUUAGAUACAAGCCCAGAUGCUCACCUUACAUGGUGUGUUUUCACUGCUAAAGAUGCUCCCGAUGCAGUAAAAACAGCGAGAUUCCAACAUACUGCCGUAAUUUGGAAGAAUUACAUGGUAAUCUUUGGCGGAACAGAUGGCGAGUCUCCACUCAAUGCCGAUGUUCUCUUCUUAGAUCUUAAGAAGUUUAAAUGGACUGUAAAAAGCGACAUCAAAGAUUUACCAAAGACAUAUGGCCACGCAGCGUUCGUUUCCAACGAUUUGAUGUAUAUCGUUGGUGGAUUUAAGGAAAACUCUUCUCAGUCAUUUAUCGUGUACAGUCUUACUGAUAACACUGUAAUUAAAUCUGGAAGAUACGUUCCACCGCCUUCUCUCAAGGUAGACAGAAGAUUGCUCACUGCAACACUCAUAAAUAACAAACUUUACUUGAUUGGUGGCUACGGAGUUACAGAUAACACAAUUGAGACAGGAUGCGUAAAUGAGGUUAAUAUAGUUGAUAUGAAUACGUGGAAGAGCGUUAGUAUUGUUCCUUCCAUGAUGAAUGGAGCAGGCCCAGGCCCUCUUUGCGGUCAUACAGCCGUAGAAGUUAAUAAUCAAAUUAUUAUUUUUGGUGGAUGCGAUAGAUUACCUCUACUUGAUGGAAGAUGGGUUUUCUAUGGAUUUAAUAGUGAACUCUGGAAAUUCACAACUCCAAGUGAAGAUUUCUUUUUACAGAAAGCAGCAAAAUAA